AUGGCGUCUCUAUCAGGAGAAUUUUCCGUCAUAUCCCCCUCCCACCUCAUCACCUCGCUCCUCCACCUCCCCCUCUCCUCCUCAAGCCCGCCACUCACGAUCCCCAUAUCCUCAUCUUUAUCUGAAUUUUAUUCACGCCAACCACCUCCCGACGAAUGGUCCGAUGAUGAUGGGGAUGAUAAUAACAAUAAGAAGACACCUCGAAAGUCAAAGAAGCUUGCGGACACGAACUUCGGCUUCUUUGAAGCAACCACUCCACAUGCGUACUCCGCGGUCCAAAUCCAAAGAGAGAUACAAGACGCUACUCGAAUAAAUCCUCCAGGGGUGAUGGUGGUUGGAGUACGAUCGGAGACCAUGGGUAGCGUUGCAGGGUACCUUCAUUUCCAAACAACGGGUGUAGUGAUUAAGUGGUUGGAAGACGAGGAUAAAUUGAGAGGACUUCUUAAUGAUUGGUUGGAAGGGAAAAAAGACGCGUUCGGAUGUUCUACGAAGGAUUUCGGCGUGACACAACCUUUUAAGAUAAUAUUGGGACCAACAUCCGAGCACAACGCUGGAGCUUGA